UCAGUGAAUGACACUCACCAGUCGAUUACUGAGCACAGAACACAUAAGAGUACAGAACAAAAUGAAAAUAAUGUUUUGAAUUCUACGUCAGCUACAAAUUCAGUUGUAGUAAGCAAAGAAGAUUUUUCAAAAUAUCAAUCGAUAAAUUCGAAAUAUUACGAAGAAGUGUUGAAGGAAAUAAAUUUACUACAUUUAAAAGUUCAUGAUAUAUUGGAUAGCGUCAACAUUCUUGUUAAAAAUACGAAAGUAAACACCGAAACUCGCAUAAAUAAUGAUAGGUCGGAAGUUUUAAAAAUCAUACAUUUGUUUCCGAUGAACGAAGAAUCAUUAAUUGAGGUGGAAGAUUGGAUUAACGCAUCAGUAGAUAAUAAAGUAGCAUUGACUGAAGAAUUGAGUCGUAUAGGAGGAUCCAACUUAAAAGAGUUGAUUAAAAGAAUAAUGUAUAGAAUACUACUAAAUGAAGUCGGAAUGUUGUACUCUUGGGAAGGUGCAAAAAAGAAAAAAGUAUUCAAAAAUUUAAGCAUUGCAGCUGUUAUUUUAGAUGUCAUUCGUAAAAGCUCUAAAUUUCAAGACGCCACUGAACUCGAGGCAAUAAAUCACAUAAAAUCUUGGCUCGUCAGAAGUAAGGAUCGAUACAUUAAUGGACAGAAAAAAUCCAAUCAAGUUCAAUCCAAUAGUCCUGACAGCUAGAUACGUAACUAUCUGCACUGUUAACGUACUUUAUCAUAUUAAACGUAUGUCAAGCUUUUUCUUUUUUGAACAGACUGAUAGUUUAGUUUCAUGUUAACAGUGUUACUGCUUCUAUAUAGAUUAUUACAUAUCUAAAAUUGUUUUCACGUAAUCUCAUUUUUUAUUUUUUAUAAUUUUAAUAUUUUAUCUUUAAUAUAAAACGUUAAACUGUAAAAUAUAGAUUUUUUUAGUUUAAAACAAGUUUUACUCAACGGUUGUGUAGAAUAGCCAUCAUUUAUAAUAAUUAUAAUUAUAAAGCUCA